AUGAGCUAUGAAGAUUUUAUCUACAACUUUCAUGAAAUACAACUUUGUCAUCUUCAGCCAGAUGCACUCAUUUCAGAACUUGCAGACAAUGAUAGAAAACAAAUGUGGAAUGUAACAGUCUACCAUGAUGCUUGGAUUCGAGGGGUCACGGCUGGUGGUUGUGGGAAUUCCCCUAAUGAAAAUUUAUACUGGAAGAAUCCCCAGUUUUAUGUCACUCUGGACACACCAGAUAUAACCUUGGGUCAUGGUGACGACUGCACGCUGAUUGUUUCACUGAUGGAAAAAGAAAAGGAUAACCAAUCUCGGAUUGCUGUUGGCUUUGAUGUCUACAAGCUAAAGAGUCCUGAACUCCGACCCUUGGAUAACUCAAGGGCACCAAGAAAUGCCUUACUGCUGACGCGUCGUUCAGGGUCAUAUGUGUUUUAUAGAGAGGUCACCAAGCGGUUUGAGCUGAAACCUGGGACAUACGUAAUCAUUCCAAGUACUUUCAACCCACAUGAAGAAGCCGAGUUUAUGCUGAGGUUGUUCACGGAAAAACGAGCUGACAGUGGGGUCCUUGAUGAGAAAGUCGAAUUAGCACCUAGAAUGUCGUCUACUAAUGAUGUGGUAUCCAAGGCGUUUGAUAGACACGCAGGAACAGACAAGAGAUUAGAUGCUUAUGAACUCAGCACAUUCCUGGAGGAUAUCUCCUCUAGUGAGUUAGGUGAACCCCUGAAGUUUCCAACAGAAUCUUGCCGUAGCCUCGUGACAUUGUUGGAUGAAGACAAGUCUGGUUUCUUAAGUUUGAAUGAAGUGAAACGAGCAUGGAAAGAAAUUAAAGCAUAUAGAGAUGUUUUUAAACAGUUUGAUGUUGAUGGGUCCAAUUCUGUGGAUACUUAUGAGCUUGGGACAAUGUUUUCUAAAUUAGGAUUACCAAUAAAUAGAAAUGUCUUAACAUCCAUUGUGAGGCGAUACGGUGGCAGAGACAACCAGAUCAGUCUUCCAGAUUUUGUCAUGGUCAUCUGCAAAUUAACAUCCUUAUUUUCAUCUUUCCAUGAGCAGCAGAAAAGAAGGGGAGGUGUGGAUACUGCUGAGUUCUCCAGAAAUGAGUUUCUGGAAGUAGCGAUGUUCACCUGA